CCUAAUCCCACGGUCGACUUCACACUAUCCACAUUCGGAUCAAGAGGUUUGCUUUAGUUCAGUGUUUUGCUAACCCACUUGUAAUAACCGUUUAAUUAUAGGCGAGCUAAAUUGGCGUUGUGAGAGGACCACAGAGGAAUUUGUUCAGCAACAAGUUUGGAACACAUGCACUCGCUACAAAGUUGCAAACAACGUUUUUUGAAUGGAGGCUUCGGCUGUGAGAGCCAUAGUGAAGUUCGGAGAGGGGGCGCAGGCUGGGGUGGUAGGCUAUCUGAUCUGACGUUAUAAUCAGACAGUAUCCUGUUGCGAGCAGAGUCAGCUGGCUCACCGAGGAGAGGACGGAGCUUAUUCUCGCUAUUAUUCGGAUCUUUGUCCAUUCCGGAGUAGACCUAGGUAUAAUUGCUUCCGCGGGAUAGCUGACACACUACGGGAGAAACUGUACUAUAACUUCGGGUUGGGAUCUCCACGUCAGAAUACCGCGUGACAGUGCUCUCUCUCCGCUGACUGGACAGUAGACUGCGGUAAUAUUUUACUUUGGGAGUAACGAGAGUUUGGAUUUCAUAUUUUCGUUUCAAUUGUUUACUGUGUUGAACGUUGUUUUUAUUGGCUAGCCUACUUUUAAAUAAAUUGGACAGAACAUUUUUUUGUGAAAGUUGUGGCUCGAACCUUAAAUCAGAUCAUAGUUUAUACACAUUUUGUAAUUCACUUCAAGAUGGAUAAAUACGACGAUUUGGAUCUUGAGGCAAGUAAGUUUUUAGAAGACCUCAAUAUGUAUGAGGCAUCUAGGGACGGGCUAUUCCGAAUGAAGAAGGAUGCACGGAACAACUCCGACUUUGAAGAAACCAGGAGAGUUUUUGCCUCCAAAAUGACAAAAAUCCACAUACAGAAACAGCAAGAGGAAAUUGCCAAAAGCAAUUUGGUAGUGAGAAUGAACGGGGGUCAAAACAGAGCGGCAGACAGCACGUUUUACACCAAAGACAGGCCGCCUAUCAAUAGCUACAGACCGGCAGGGGAAGCUGCAGCCAAGCCUCCCAUACUCUCUGGCCCUUUGCCAGGCACCGCCAGUGGCGCGAGUCAGUACGCGCCCUAUGACGCUCUGAAACACCAUUCACCCAGUCAACAGUCAUAUGGCUACGGAAACAAUUACGAUAACAAGGAGCGUUUUGAGCCGCAUUCUUACCACCACGCCUUGAGUCCCACCAGCCCUGGGAACGCACACACACAUGCUUCUGGUCACCCUGCCAGUCCCUCGGGCACUUCGGCCUCUUACUCCUCCAGGGGUGGCCAGGCCUCCUCAGGAUCCUCCAGCCCUGCUGGAUCAUCAGGCCUUAUGUGCAGCCCAUCUCAGCAGCCCCCACACCACUCACCAUCUCCCCCCUUCUCUGACAGCCUACAGUCUCCGAGCCCCACUAUGCUGCACCAGAGCAAGGCUGCCACCCUACUGGUGCAGCAGAGACCCCCCGUGUUGGCUGAUGCUGGGGCUGCAGCAGACUGGAUGCGGAGCUUGGGGCACCCAGACCUGUUAGCACCGCUCCCUCUGAGUGCCUUCACUGGCGGAGCUGACCUGUACCAGCAGCUGUCUCCCCAACUUGCCACUGUUACACCGCCAACAGGCCCUUACUCAGCAGCAUCCUCUAUGAGCCCAAGAUCAACAGCCAACCAUGGAAAUCUAGGCCAGAACGGGCUCUCUCAGAGUCCUGUGGUUCUCACCCCCAGCCCCACCCUUGCUCAAGUGGCUGUCCCAGCCCCACCUGCACCCCCAUCUGAGGCAGCCCAGCCCAAAGCCACAGCUGGAGCUUACUUCCCUGCCUCUGCCUCUCCCUCUGGAAUCAGUGUCUCUAGAAGCUUUGGCCAGGGUCAAGGUGUAGGCCAGGCGCAGGGCAGGCAAGUGGCCAUGGGGGUGGAUGUGCCCUCUGGCCUAGACAGCCAGCUGUCCUCUGGUGGUGAGGCAUGCCAACCCCAGCCCCAGUCUGAAGCCCCCAGCACCCCCAGAGCUCUCAAACUGCCCAGCCAGACUCUCCAUGUCCAGCCGGAGCAGGGGCCGUCUGCGGCCGAGAUCAAAUUAGAAGCCCUGACCAAGCGUCUGGAGAAGGAGAUGGACGCCCAGCCCAAGGCAGACUACUUCGGGAGCUGUGUGAAGUGUAACAAGGCGGUGUACGGAGCCACUGAGGCCUGCCAGGCUAUGGGAAGCCUCUAUCAUGAUGUCUGCUUCACCUGCAGCGCCUGCAGCAGAAGGCUACGGGGGAAAGCAUUUUACUACGUCGGUGGGAAGGUGUUCUGUGAAGAGGACUUCCUGUAUUCUGGAUUCCAGCAGUCUGCAGACAAGUGUAACGCAUGCGGACAUCUGAUCAUGGAUAUGAUCCUGCAGGCCCUUGGGAGGUCCUACCACCCUGGCUGUUUCCGUUGUGUCAUCUGUAAUGACAGUCUGGACGGAGUGCCCUUCACUGUGGACACAGAGAACAAGAUUUACUGUGUCAAAGACUACCACAGGGUCUUGGCCCCCAAAUGUGCAGCAUGUAACCAGCCCAUUCUGCCUUCAGAGGGCUCUGAUGAAACCAUCCGAGUGGUAUCCAUGGAUAAAGACUACCACGUGGAGUGCUAUCACUGUGAAGACUGUCAGAUGGAGCUGAACGACGAGGAGGGGCACCGCUGCUACCCGCUGGACGGCCACCUCCUCUGCCACGCCUGCCACCUGAAGCACAUCGAGCCGGGCUGCGCCUCGCCCACCGCUGCCUCCUACCAGCACCAGUUCUAGUUUUAGGAUCUAGUGCAUGGUGCCAUCAGGUGGCCCUCUGAACUAACUGCCAAUAACCAACCACAACCAAUCUGCCAAAAUAAAUCUGUCUAUAAUGGUUUGGAUGAUAAUGUGUGCCUUUACUGUACAUCUCUGAUGUAAGUGUGGUCUCUGUUAGGGUUAAUUGUGCUAUUUGUUGAUUGAUUGAUUGAUUGAUUGCGUGUGUGGGAGUGUGCUUGUAAAUGACCUGUUAUUAUUUUUUAUGUAAAAAUCUAUUUCUCUAUUGAAGACAUUGUUUAUUAGUUGUAAAGUGUUGAACUUUCAUCUGACACGAAUGUUAAUAAUCUGGAAAUAACAAACGUUUUAUUUUAAAUAUAUAUAUAUAUAUAUAUAUAUAUAUAUAUAUAUUUAAAUACCAAUGCCAAAGCAGUUAUAUUUGAAUUAAUUAUACUUCAUGUGCUUAUGUGUAAAUAUCUUGAUCUUCAUUUUCCCCUUUGUGUGCCACCAAUUUCAUUUGCUCAGUUUGAAUCAAUGUAUUUGUAGAUACUGAUACAGUAGAAAUAGUUUGCAUGGCUUAAUAGAGAAAUUGCCCCGUUUUGUUGUAUGUCUCCGUGUGUGGGUUAUGAAGGUGUGUUUCCAUUACAUUUUAUACUAGAAAUACAUGAAUUGCUCAUUUUAGCUAAUAUGCAGGCAGUGUCUAGAAAGUCAAAGUUAGCAAUUUAAUACACAAACUGUACAUGGUCCUGUAUUAUUCCAUGUCAAUGGGAAUCAUGUUGAAUUAGUAUUACAUUUCUAUUGUUAAAUGAACCCUGGAUGUUCUGUUCCCAACACUGAUAAUAUUGGCUAAUAUUCCCACUGUCCUCUGUCACACACCACCCCUAGCAUAUACUUUCUAUUGCAUUAUUAACCCAAAUAUGGCAGUUAUGUUAUGUCCGGGUCAACAAUGUUUCCAAAAUAGAUAACUAGGUUUAUUCUAUUCCAAUAAACCCCCGAAUGCCCUGAACCCAUUUUGGUUUGCAGUGUUAAAAAAGUGACUCUAAAUGAUUCUGUUUUAGUAAGCUUAGUCUAUCAUAUUUCAUGAUUUAUUAUACAGUAUUUAUGCUUGUUUAAAACAAUUCCCAUGAUCAUUAAUCAUUUGUAUUCCAGUGGCUUACUAUAUUUAAAAAUGAUUUGAGAGAUGUCCAUAAGAAAUAUAUAUAUAUAUAUAAAUAUAAAUGCAUUGUAAUAGCC